UCUAGUCUAGUCCCCUUUUUCUUCUUCUUCUUCUUCUUCUUCUUCUUCUUCUCCAUCUUGUUAUCCUGUGGCCAACCUGCAGUUCAACAAUCGACUUUGCUUUCUGCUAAUUCGCUGAAAAUGGGGGAAGUCCUGAGCCCUAAUCCCGCGCAGAAGCAGCGGCUUCCCCGAAUUCAGUCCCCAACUAGCCCGUUCUUCCUUGGACCCAACAACGACCAGCUCGAGCGAGCCCAGGCUCGCGCUAAGCGCGCCGCCGCUGUCCGCCGGAUGUCCGUCGCUCUCAACGCUACUCAGUCUCUUCCCUCCGACGACUCCUCCGACCCCUCCUCUCCCUGCCUCGACAAGCAGCAGAUCCUCGAUCUCUUCCAGAACUGCAUCAAACUCGCUAGCGAAAAUAAAAUCAAUCAGAAGAAUACAUGGGAUUUGACCUUGAUAGACCACUUGUACGAUAUUAUAAAGGUGGAAGAAGAUUCGGAGACCAAUUUUCAGAAGGCCAGUUGCACCCUCGAAGCUGGAGUGAAAAUAUACUCUAUGAGAGUGGAUUCAGUGCAUUCCGAGGCAUACAAGGUCCUUGGUGGGAUUCAUCGAGUGGGUCAAGAAAAUGAACAAGGUUAGGGUCAAUCGCCCUACUGAACUUGGAGAACUGCUAAAUUGUAAAUUGAUUCGCUUAUUUCCAUCUCUAUACAAAUGCGGGGAGGAUUUAUUUAUGUGGAGAAUGCAUUUCAAGUGAUAUUGCUGCACAAACUUAAAGUUGGAACUAUCUAUUGAAUUGUGGUUGAUGCCCUUUUAAGCUUGUUUUGGUCUAUCUAUCGUCACUUUCAUGACAGAUUCUGUUUCUGGAGAUGCCAGUGCCAAUGUUGGACAAGAGACAAGUCACAGGAAGAAGGAGACAGAGAAAAAGAUAUCGCCCUUGUCAACCCUGGAAUCAUCUUUUGAGGCCCUUAACGUGAAGAAGUUUGAUGCUGCAUUUGCUGUUGAUCCCCUCUAUCAUCAGACAUCUGCGCAAUUUGAUGAAGGUGGAGCGAAGGGUCUGUUACUGAAUAACCUUGGAGUAUAUGGUGGAUGUCGGGUGCUCUUCGAUUCACAGGAAGUACCAGGAAAAUGUGUGUCGUCUGAAAACCAGUGUGGCAGGGUCGAGUUGAUUGACCUCUCUUUUGCUAAAGAUUGCAUUGACCAAAUGCUCCUACACAUGCAAAAAAAGAAUGAAAUUUCACCAACUCUCAGUGAAAUUAUUAGUCGAUUUGAUGAACAUAACAAAAGGCCAGUAGAUACAUUUUCUUCCCACCUGAGACCAGGCAGCCAAAUGGAUGUAGAUGACGAUUUUAGCCAAGAAACUGAAACUGAGCCCGGUGGUGAUGCAUUUGAAAAUCAAGAGACUUGGACUUACGAUCAAGACGAUCACCAAAGUGUUGUUGAUGAUGAUAUGGAUAAUCCAGAUGCCAGUAUUCCUAGUUAUCAUCAGGAAAAUGACGCAUUUUCUUUUGAAAACUUUGAUAUGGAUGGCAGGGCAGAUACAAUUGAUACGUAUUUGUUGCACAGUUUGGGUUUCACAUCCAAACACAAUGCUUGGGCAGGUCCUGAUCAUUGGAAGUACCAAAAAUCAAAAGGGAUGGAGGAUAAUCCCAAUGGAGAAGAAGGGCCACAAGUUACAACCAAGAAACCAAAGACCAAGAAGCAAGCAGAACCUGACAUUGAUUUCACAAAAGCCUUGGACGAAGAACUGCUGGAUGUCUUUGCUCCUCCAAAGAAUCCCAAGUUACUGCUGCUACCAGCAAACCGGGCAGCCUCCAACACAAAGUUGCCCGAGGACUGCCACUAUCAACCGGAGGAUCUUGUUAAAUUGUUUCUUUUACCCAAUGUCAUGUGUAUUCGGAGGAGAGGAAGAAGUUCCAGAGAAGAACCAGAGCAGCAAUCUGAUGACUAUGAAGCACAGCCAUCAUGGGAUGAUGAUGGUGGUGAAUUUGGUGGCCAGUUUGAAGAUAUGGAUGCACACAGUGAUAUAGAGAACCCUAAUACACUAGUUUCUCAACCUCGGCAGGUUGCUAAAAUUGAAGUAAACUACGAUAAGAGGUCAAAGCAAGUUGAUGUCCAACGACUGAAGGAAACACUUUGGCAUCAUAUGCAAGAAUCUUCCCAAUCAUCUCUACAGGUCCAAGAAGAGCCAGCCUCGUUCAAGGACCUAUUGGCAAGCUUUCCAAAUGACUGCAAUGCUGCUGCAACCAUCAACGAUAUAUCGCCUCAUCUAUGUUUUAUAUGCUUAUUGCAUUUGGCCAACGAGCAUGGUUUGAGCAUCCAUGGCACCACCUCCUUAGAUGAUCUCAGCAUCCAUCUCCCCCAACAGAAAUAGAUUGGAGAGUUCCAGAGACCAACAGUGAUCUUGUUUGUACUUAUAAGAAAUUAAUGUAUGAAAGUUUGGUUUUGGGAAAAUGUUUGUCUGGUUGUAUUGUAGUGCUUGCCAAUCAUAGUUUUGCAAAGAUAGUGUUUGCAAAUUGCUGGUGUAAUAUAAGACAGAGGGUCGACGAAAGAUGUAAGAUGACAUAUCCGUCAUUGCUCUUUGUGUUAGCUUUAUGGCAAGCUUUGUUUAUGCGGCACAUACUGUUGUUGCUUUCUGUAUGUUUCUUCCCUAAUGUCAUUUGUAAUUUCAAAAUUCUCUGGAACAACUUUUUUGUGGAAGAAAAGGAAAGAUGAU